AUGACAGGAGAACUAAGCAUUGACACAAUUAAAAAUGCGUCGGAGUUGGUCAACACUACUCUCAUAUCCAAGGGCUACAUUACCGAGGAUUUGAAGUUUCCUAUAAUAGAUUGGGAGGAUCUUAUUACGGAUCAACCUGAGAAGGAAGCUCUUCAAAAGUUAGUGGUUGCUGAUAAAAUAUACAAUAAUGACAAAAACAUCAUCAAUAUAAUUUAUUCAUUGACACAGUCGAUCGACCGCCAUCAAGCCCAACAAAAGUCCAUAAGCAUGGCAAUUUUACAAAAGGAUACUACCAUUGAAGCACUUCAGAAGAAGAUUCAGACUCUCGAACAACAAGUGCAGGGAUAUGAGCAAAAGUACGAGAAGAGCGUUUAUCUGGAUCAUUUGAAUAUGUCAGAAAAAAUAACUCGCCUAACCAAAUUGAGCAAGACGCAAGCAAAGGAGUUGGCCAAGCUAAAAAACACUUCGUCUGAAUUGCAAACAAAGUACGAUAUUGAAAUGCGCAAGAAAGCGAUUGAAAUUUCCCUGCUUAAGAAUAAAUUGCUAGAUACUCGAAAUUUGUCUAACACAAUAACUUAUGCCCGACCUUCUCGUUCUACGAAGAGUGCUUCGCCAAAUCCAAUGGGUCAGGAAUUCAACCCAAAUGUUGUGUAUAACAACAAACCGAUAAUAGAUAACUCUGCUACAAGAAUGACAUCCGGAAGCGAAGAUUCCAGCGCGAUAAUCAAACAAGAAUACGAUGGAAUUGCAACGCAACUUUCUGAACUCAUUGAGAAUUUGAUGAAGGAGAAUAGCAAAUUCUCCAAUUUUAUUAACGAACUCAACGAAUACUUUACCAAAUUCAACUCCCAAUUAUCAAUACUGAACUACAAGAACUUAAAUGCUUCUACCCUUCUGAAUCCGUCAGACGAAAUCGAUCUUAAUCGCAUAUUAAAGGAUACAUCUACAGAAAUUGAUCCAUUUGAGUUCACAUCGCGACCUCUUCUCUCCAAUGUUUACAAGAACUACCACUAUGUUUCUGGACUAAUAGAUUUGGCUGCUUCAACACUAGCUGGACAUGAACAAGGCACUUCAAAAACCGAGGACAACGACACAUUGCAAAAGUUGAAGGAAGAAAAUAAAGCGUUGUACAAUAAUUGGCAGAGCGCCAUCAAGGCAUUGGAUGACUGGAAGAGUUACAAAGGUAACUAG